ACUUACUAUUGACACUAUAGAUCCUCAGCGUUUCGGGUGUAUUAGAGUGUGCUUUUCAGGCACUUAUAUCUCUUAUUUCAUCAAGUUUAUAUCGUCAACCUUCAUGGUUUUAAUAUCAACUGAAAUACGUCUUAUGGGUGGGGCUGUAAUAGCUAAAGGCUAGCCUUUCCUUCAGGAACAAACUUGAGGCAAAAAUAGUAAUCAAAUGUCCAAUACUUGAAGAAAAAAAUAUGAAUGUGAGUAGAGUUGUUCAAAGUCCUCGACGGAUCAGUCUUCGCCAAAGCAAAUUCAAACCUGCAAAACACACAAAGAAACAGACAUUCAAUGUCGACUCUUUCGACAAACUUCAUCGUCCUUCGUCUUUAUCAAAGUCCUCUGUUGGUUGUUGAAAACAUUCAAUAAAAAAAUCGCAUUUUAGACGGAAAAUAUGUUAUAAAUAAGUCUUGCUGUCUUUCUGACUUCACUUACCUCUGAACAAAUCCAGGAAUGAGCACGGGCGGGAGGGACUUGCCUUUUAUACCAAGUGACGUUUUUUACGUCACGAGCAACGUUUCCUUUUUGUUCACUGAAACAAAAUGGUGGAUAACCGACCUUCACUGAUCUGCCAAGGGCAGAAUGGCGUAUCACAUGUGACGGAUACUAUUUCUGUAAUUACCUACACAGUUUCACCUCCAAAGUAUUGCAUAUUUAUAUCAUAUAGUAGAUAUAAAAGACCCUCAACGCAUUUUGUUGAUUAAGCUGGAUUUCGGUAAUCUUAUUGUAUACAUAUUUAGUUCAUUAUAUUUGUUCAAAAUGGCGACUGGUUUGUCUGUCGGGUUUUUAGUUGAUACUCACAUGCGUCACUCAUAAUAUUAGUAAUAUUGUUAAUUCACAACAGACUACAAUAAAAAUGACAGAAUGUGCAUGUACACAUAUCCACAUAGUAAUUAAUAAUAUGCAUAGGAAUCAUACCAUUUUCAUUAUAUGAAAUUGUGCGCUUUAAAAUACUACAAACUAGCUUUAUCUUUCACCUUUAACCUACAACCCGGAACUGUGACAGAAAAAAAUGGCUGCCUCCUUGUCGAGCGUCUCGAAGGUUCUGUGCCGUCUUUCGCCUUCAAUUUUACAACCAUUACGGCAAUAUCAGUCCUGUCUGCAGAGGCUCCCUGUCAGAUCAUGUGGGGCCCUCUCUCCAUUUGCACCCCCCAGUCACUUCUUCUGCCGAGCAGCUUCCCUCCAGAAUGAUGCUGCUGCUCAGGCUGCUGACACUCUGCACCGCUUCAAGGACAGACCCUGGGAUUAUCUGGAGAGUGAAGAGUACAUUGAGAGGUAUGGAACCAAUCCAGUGUGGGCCGGCUACAGGAGGAACCACAAGGGCGGCAUCCCACCACAGAAGACACGCAAGACCUGCAUUAGAGGGGAUAAGGUGUGUGGAAACCCGUGUCCAGUGUGUCGGGAUCCAAACAUCGUCGUCCACCAUCAGAACGUGAAGCUGCUGCAGCAGUUCAUCAGUCCCCAGACUGGAAUGCUGUAUGACCCCACGCGCACUGGUGUGUGUAUGAGUCAGCAGAAGAAGCUAACUGCAGCCGUUGGCACAGCGAGAGAUCACGGCCUGCUGCCCUUCCAGAUUCCAUAUGUGGAGUUCUCAGGAGAGGACUACUCCAAUUCCCAUGAUGCCGUGGGGUGCACGCCACCUCCCCCGUCCCUAACCUCCGGAGACACCUGGUAUAACUGGUACAGUGAAAUAACCCCUAACGAACAGGAAGUAGCCAAAGUGAAGAAGACAUACAGGGCUUAUCUGAAGUGACUGUCUGACCAUGUACACCACAAUGAAAAUUGCACAAUAAAAACAUGAUGAAAAAGUG